AUGGUGAAGCUGGGCUGCAGCUUCUCUGGGAAGCCAGGCAAAGACCCCGGGGACCAGGAUGGGGCUGGCACAGACAGUGUGCCUCUGAUCAGCCCCCUGGACGUCAGCCAGCUCCAGCCACCAUUCCCUGACCAGGUGGUCAUCAAGACGCAGACGGAAUACCAGCUGUCCUCCCCAGACCAGCCGAAGAAGUUCCCUGACCUGGAGGGCCAGAAGGGGAACGGCAGCCACCCAGAGGAAGGGCGCAAGCUGCCCACAGCGCGGAUGAUCGCCUUCGCCAUGGCGCUCCUGGGCUGUGUCCUGAUCAUGUACAAGGCCAUCUGGUACGACCAGUACACCUGCCCCGACGGCUUCCUGCUUCGGCACAAGAUAUGCACGCCGCUGACCCUGGAGAUGUACUACACCGAGAUGGACCCCGAGCGCCACCGCAGCAUCCUGGCGGCCAUCGGGGCCUACCCGAUCAGCCGCAAGCACGGCACGGAGGUGCCCGCGGCCUUGGGGGGCAACCGCGCCGCCAAGGAGGAGCACAGCGGGCCCACCCAGGCGGCGGCCACCCACCCGCCCGGAAGGCCCUCGGCCCAGGGGGAGGAGGAGGAGGAGCGGAAGGCGGCCGGGAGCGCGCUGCCCCCGCCCCCCCAGUGACGCCUCGGCCCGCAGCCCGGCCAGGCGAUCUCCCGCGGCUCCCGUGAC